CAUUUGAGCUUAUUUCGCUUGGCUUUCGCUUGUAUCAUCGUCAUUGAGACCUCAAUCAUGGUGGCAGUCGUCGCUAAACAACGACUUUCGUGGUUGCAGCCCCGCACCGUUGGAGAUGUUAAAGAGGAAGAGAAGGGGGCUAAGGCGCGCCGGUGUAGCGACGAGUACAAAUUUGUGGCUCCAAGCUUGGAGGACGGGAAAACCAAAAGGAACAACACAUCCAGCAACAUUAUCGACGCCAAUACCAAAACCGCUAAUGUCGACACUCGGGGAUGGCAGCGAUUUUUCGGUCCCAGGAGACAGAAGAAUGGAGAAGGCAAUGGCGACUGGAUUCCUUCAGUGGCGGGUCUCGUCAAAGCCGGUGACGAAGGCGUGUACACAUCAGCCUUGUUCCACCAGUCGCAUCAACACUAUCCGAAUUCUGAGAUGCCUGUUGAGGAAUUUUACGAACUUCUUGCGACUCAGUUGCGCAGUCGUCCACUUUCCGAGAGAACAAACUAUCCUCCAGAGAUUUUCAAAUUCCUAGCGUCGUCCAAGAAGAUACAACGCUCAAGAUCGAUGCGCGCAUCAAGAGACGGGCGACGACCUGUCAUCUCACCUCCAAGUCCAGCAACCCGUGCAUCGCUUGAUCUGUCAGAGGUCACGUUGUCGCUGACGCGCUCGCUCUCCAAAAAAUCAUCUACAGCGUCUCCAUCUGCUGCAUACGAAAGUGGCGUGGGUUCUAGCACAGCAUCGUCUAAUAAUCCCAAACACGAGUUAUGGGCUCGAGAUAUCCAGAAAUCUGUACAGAAUGAAGGGCUUUCUGGCGUGGCAGUGUCAUCCGCUGAACUUGCAGCCCUCUCCAUUAUCCUUGGAAGCCCUGUUUUACCCACCAUCACACCACGACCAUCCACUCCACAAUCCCAAGAACAGAAGAGCAUGCGCAAAGGCGCCUACGGCAUCACCAUUUCAAGCAUACCCCUAGAAGACGGCAUGCACAGCAUAACCCUCCACCGCCAGCCUCUCAGCAUCACGCAACGCACUACCACCCGCGCCUCCGUAACCUCGACCCUCUAUUCUAAACAUAUGGCGUGCAGCUGUAUCCCUCUUUCCCAAUCCUUAUUCCCUGAUACGAUACCCACCACUUCCACCGCAUCUACUCCAACAUUAUCAACCCUCCAAAUCACGCCAUCCACCCUCCACGCUUUACGAACAAAGUCCGCCCUCCCAGUCCCACCCCCUACAUCCCCUCAAAAAGCAUACCUCGAGUCCCUCCCCAACGCACGAAUCCCGAGCAUUCAAUCAUACACCCUACCCGACCUCCUCCGCAGCAUCGCAUCACUACCAUUCGCUUCUACCGGCGGUCUCCCUCCACUCGCUGCAUCCUCCGUGAUAGAUGCCAUCCUCCUCGUCGCCGGCGGCGGUCACGAAACAGGGCGUCUACUAGCUAGACUAGAAGCCCUCAUCGACAAAGUGCACCGUUUCCACGGAGGCGCCGAAGACACUGCUUUCGGCGCACUGUAUGAGCGUCGGAAUGCUGCUGUCGCGUUUCGAGAGCAGGGUAGACUGGGGAAAUCUGCAUCUUCCAAAAAGAAGAAGGGGGUAGAAGAUGAGGAAGAGGAAGAGGAAGAGAUGGUUACCGCGACAGCGCGAGUGGCGCGGUAUACGAUGUUACUCGACCGUCUUAUCGAUCUGAUGGGAUCAUCAUCUCCCUCUCAAACCCCUACUUCGCCUUCUUUCUUUAACGGGACGGCGGGCGCGUUGGGUGCCGCGUCAACGAGGGAGAAAGCCAUGAUGAAGAGGAAGAAAGAGAAAGUAGGUGUGGUGGUGGACGCGACGUUCCGCGAGUUGCUGGAGUGUUAUAUGGGCGUCCCUACUACAUCUGUCGCCGGUGUUGACGGUGCCGCGACAUCAGCGACUACAACAGCAGUAGCAUCAGUGCUACCGUGCUCUUCUCUACAAACUCAGCAACAGCACUCAAACAAAGCACAACCGCAAGCACGGCCCCUACCUCCAUCGCCGCCUCUGACCCCAACAAAACUCUCCCCCGUGAACUCGGCUUCCAAAACGCCCAAACUCGAUCUUACCAAGGCGAAGAAGAAAAUGGAUUCAGCGAAACUCAGAACAGCGAAUACCCUCGCUGUAGAUAUCGAAGAGCUGCUAAGACAGCCGCUUCCGUUUUCCGCGCAGCAGGUUGCGAGGGUUGCAAAGUGUGUGUUGGUUGCUUGGGCGAGUGGUUGUGUGAAAAGGGUACGGUGGGAUGGCGAUAACGAUGGAGAUGGUCAUGGCUUGAAGGGUUCUGGGGUGAGAUUGGGGGAAAGGGGCGUCGUUGUUUGA